AUGGGCAAGGUCGCCAGCUGGUACAAGGAAUUUGCUCAAGGUCAUGAGAACCUCAAACACUCUAUUGCUGGUGCAGGCGCCGGUAUCGUAUCCUCGGUGGUGACUUGUCCACUCGACGUUGUAAAGACGCGGUUGCAGAAUCAAGGCAAAUUGGAGCCUGGAAUUGUCGUUUACAGGGGAACGGUUGGUACACUUUCUCGGAUUUGGAAGGAGGAAGGCAUACGUGGAUUGUAUCGUGGUCUGGGGCCGACGAUCCUUGGCUACAUUCCAACUUGGGCAAUCUACUUUACUGCAUACGAUUACUUCAAACAUAGAUGGGGAAAGGAGUUUGGUCACAACAAGGCUUGGCUGGUUCAUAUUGCAUCUGCCAUGUCAGCUGGAGCAGCAUCCACAUCAUUAACCAAUCCAUUGUGGGUUAUCAAGACUAGGAUGAUGACACAAAAUGAACGCACUGCAUAUCGGUACAAGAAUACAUUGGAUGCAUUCAUCACUAUUGGACGUCAAGAAGGGAUUCGGGGUUAUUACAAGGGAUUGGGACCAUCACUGUUGGGUGUUAGCCAUGUCGCUGUACAAUUCCCAUUGUAUGAAAAGCUAAAGUGCUAUUUGCACGCCGAUACCUCGUCAGCAGGCCCUGUUUCAAUUUUGCUGGCAUCUUCCUUGUCAAAAAUGGCUGCCAGUAUGGCGACUUAUCCGCAUGAGGUGAUUCGUACACGUUUACAAAACCAAACGGUGAAGCCAUUCAAAUACAAAGGCAUCUUCCAUGCAGUCAAGAUCAUUUUGGCUGAAGAAGGCGUACGAGGGCUGUACAAAGGAUUACCCACCAACUUGCUACGUACCGUGCCAUCUUCAGCAAUGACAAUACUCACAUACGAGCUGUUGGUGCGAGAAUUGGAUUCGCUCAAAGCACAAUGA